AUGAUUUAUCUACUCAUAAACUGGACAAACAUUCUUUGGGUCGGCACCCUCGCCGCGGCACUGGUAGGGUUAAAGAAUUACAAUGAGAUGACGGAGAGUGAGCACGAAAAGUUGGUGAAGGCUCUGGACAAAGUCCGAGGCGUUGCUCCCAUUCCAAUCGUCAUCGUUAGUGUAUGGCUGAUGCUGCGCUGCCUGUAUGCGCUGGGUGCCAUUUUGUUAUUGGAAUUAAUUCUCGUGGUUAGUGUGGUUUGCUAUUCCUUCCGGAAGGAGUCUCGGAGAGCCGUUAUGCAGACGCAUCAAUUGCACUGGCUGUUGCAAAACACGGAGAAUUUGAAGUCCAUUUUGGGCCAAGAUUUACCGGAGUGGUUGAAGUACCCAAAUGUGAAUCGGGUGCAGUGGAUCAAUACACUGAUCAGCGGUAUGUGGAGCUGCAUUGCUUCCGCGACCGAGACAUCCAUUCGUCAGUUUGUGGGGCCACUAAUAGAGGCGAAUAAACCCUCCUUCAUAUAUGAAAUAGCUCUCAAAGAAUGUUUUAUGGGAACGAAUCCUGUUGUUGUUCACGGAAUUCAGCACUUUCCGAGCGAGGACAAUACCUCCGUGAUGGAUUUGACGCUUUCGUGGGACAGCGACAUGGAUGUGAACCUACAUAUAAAAAUGCCAGGACCCGAUAUGCAUAUUCAUGUACGACGUUUUGAAAUGAAUAUGCAAGUUCGUUUUAUACUCUCGCCUCAUAUUCCACAAUGGCCCUGUUUUGGGGCAAUUUCUUUUUCCAUUAUGAAGAUAUGGGUCUUGAAUUUUGAUAUUGUAGCGGCGGGGAUAUCACUUGAUGUCGUGCCUGCUGUGGGAGAAUUUAUUGAUCAAUUUAUUCGAAAAACACUUAUUGGAAUGCUACAACACCCCAAGAGGAUCACCAUCCCAAUGGUACGGGGGUACACCGUAACGGCAAGUCGUGAAGAUAGCGCUCUUGGUUCUCUUCGCGUCCGUUUGCUGCGGAUAGAGGAAUGGCAUCAGCGCUAUGUAUCCAACCGGGAAAAAACUCCAUUUUACGUGAAAUUAAUAAUGAUUGGCAAUGAUGAAGAAAAGAAGAAGCGUCUUAAAAGUGCAAUUUAUAAAGGACUGAGUAGUGAAUUGGAUGAUGUAUUCAGCUUUGUUUUAUAUGACACGAAUGGCACAUUGCGAUUUUGGUUGUAUUUUGACGUCCCUGGUACAGAUCCGUGUGUUGGGGAGUGUGAAGUUCCUGUUCAAAUACUUAUGGAUAGUAAACAAACGGAGCAUUCGUGCCUUCUGGUUAAGUCAUCUGUUACGAAUUUGGAACCGCGUGCAAAACUAAUUAUUUUGUCUGAGUUUUUAUCUUAUACUGGCAGAAGCAGGACGGAAUCUACCGCAGCUCCCUCCCACGCGCCGUCACGCUCAGUCUCGGAGGCUUUUAUGAGGAAACAAGAAAUAUGCGAACGCCCCUUGGAUCCCCCAAGUGUGCGGUCUACAGCCAAUGGAAGCAUGCAUAUGUCAGGAUCUGGGAGUGGCACCCUCUUUGUUACCGUGGAUCGCUGCACCGGCCUCAAAAACUUGGAGUAUGUUGGUGUGUCGGACCCUUAUGUACAGUUACGACUGCGGAAGCAAACUAGAGUAUCGCCUUACGUGAAAUCCAACCUCGAUCCCAAGUUUAAUUUUGAGGCGGAGCUGGAGGUGUACGAUAUCCAAACCGAUGUGUUGCAUAUAAAAGUUGUGGACAAGAAUGAUUUAGGCAAAGAUCGUGCGAUGGGCACUGUCAAUAUCAUUUUGAAUUGCGUUGCAAGGAGCCCGGGGGAUCGGAUUUCUGGCGAAUGGAACCUUGACCCGCAAGGCAAAAUCUUUUUGACGAUGAGCCUUCUGCGUCAUUGA